GAAGCCCUAUAUAAACGGAAAUUAGAGAGAACUCUCUUCACCGCCAUUGAUUUUUUGAAUUAUACGAAAUGGAGAAGAAAAUAGCAGCUAGAAGAUUUGAAGGUAAAGUCGCAAUUGUGACUGCUUCAACUCAAGGAAUCGGUUUCGGCAUCGCACAGCGCCUUGCUUUGGAAGGUGCUUCAGUCGUCAUCUCUUCUCGCAAGCAGAAAAACGUGGAUGAAGCAGUUGAAAAGCUUAAAGCUAAAGGAAUAUAUGUUCUGGGAAUCGUUUGUCAUGUAUCCGAUGCACAGCAAAGGAAGAAUCUAAUAAACAAAACCAUUGAGAAAUAUGGGAAAAUAGACGUGAUUGUAUCAAAUGCUGCUGUAAAUCCAGUUAAUGUGCCCAUGUUGCAAACCAAAGAAUCUAUCCUCGACAAGCUGUGGGAGACAAACGUCAAAGCAUCCAUACUUCUUCUGCAGGAUGCAGCUCCUCAUUUGCAGAAAGGUUCAUCUAUUAUUUUUGUUUCAUCAUAUGGUGGUUAUCAUCCUCAGCCUUCAAUGGCUAUGUAUGGGGUUACUAAGACUGCCCUUCUUGGUCUCACCAAGGCUCUGGCGGCUGAGAUGGCCCCAAAUGUUCGUGUGAAUUGUAUUGCUCCUGGUUUCGUACCAACUCGUUUUGCGGCAUUCGUAACAGCGAAUGAAGCCACGAAAAAGUCCUUUGAGGAUAAGACAUUACUGAAAAGGCUUGGCACACCGGAAGAAAUAGCAGCAGCAACUGCUUUCUUGGCUUCGGAUGAUGCUUCUUAUAUGACUGGAGAAACCAUAAUUGUUGCAGGAGGAACCCCCUCUAGACUAUAGACUAUGUUUCUUCUUGGGGUCUAAUAGCAGUUUUAGUCCCUCAAGUAUGCUGAAAUUUGAUAUUUAAACUUUCUACUUUAAUUUGGUAUUUUUAUAAUAUUAAUAACGGGUCUAAAUUGGUAACAUCAUUAUUUGUUGCCGUUGAAGUGAUGAUGUGAACCUUUAUUAACAUUAUAAAAAUGUAAGACCAAUUUAUAUUAAGGCAAAAGAUUAAA